UGUUCUAAUGAACACACAGCGGGUGUCAGAGCAUGGAGUGUGCUAUACGCAGUAAAUGAUUUAGUUAUUUAGAGAGGAUUGUAUAAAUAUUGUAAUUUUAUUUAGUCAGUGUUUGUUUGAAGCAGGAACAACAUGGCGUGUCGGAGAGUUUGUCAAACAGUGCAGAGCCGUUUGGCAUCAAGUGUGGCAGCUGAGCGUCUUUCUGCCUCUGAACUGCGCACUUGGCGUAGUACCCUGUUCUCCAAAGAGCAAGCUCGUCAGCGUUCACUGUAUUCUCGCGUUGAGAAGAUCGAGGUGAACAUGGAAGCCCCGGGGCUGCAGGGAACAAUCCUGGUGAUGAACAAGGGUGUGUCCACGCCAUAUAGCUGUACAAGACAUUUGACUGAGUGGCACGUAACGAGUGCUGCUCUCGCCUUGGUGGACGGAGAGCUGUGGCACAUGCAUCGCCCGCUCACUCGCUCCUGCUCGCUCACACUGCUAACAUUCAAAGAUGCCAAUCCUCAGCUCGUUAACCAGGCGUAUUGGCGCUCCUGUGCAGCCUUGCUGGGCCAAGUGCUUGACAACGCCUUUAAAGAGGAGUACAGUGUGGAGCUGCUGAAGAUUCCUGAAGUUCCUGUGACCUCUGGUGCCUUCUGCUGUGAUGUGGUGCUGGAUCCUCAGCUAGAUUCCUGGAUCCCAUCUGAGGAGAGCCUGCGCUCAUUUACUCGUGAAGCUCAUCAGUUCAUUCUUAAAGAUUUACCCUGGGAGCCUCUGGAGGUGACGCCCCCUGUAGCAUUGGAGAUCUUCUCCCAUAGCAGAUAUAAACAAGAGGAGGUGGAAGAAAUGGCUGCUAAUUGCCCCAGUGGCACAGUUUCAUUGUACAGGUGUGGGGAGCAUGUAAGUCUGUCAAAAGGCCCUCUGGUGGCCAGAACAGGUCUGUGCUCUCAGUAUGAAGUAACAGCACUGCACACACUGGGAGAAGGACAGUGGGGUUUACAGCGCCGAGCACAGGGACUCUCACUUCCCCUGAACCUCACGGCUCAUCACACAGUGUGGAAGAAGCUGAGGAAAAGAGCUGAGAAAUUGGUGGAGAUUCCCUCAUCUGCUGCCAGUAACCCUGUGAUCACGCCCCCACCUCCAAAAGCCAUUCCUCCAUCUUCCUAACACUGACCUGCAACCAAUCAUAUGCAUAUAAAAUACUGUUUCUGUAUAUUGUUGAAUAAAACACGCACUAGUGGUA